CAGAAACAACAACAGCGAGACUAUUCUAUGACACUGCAGCAGAAACAACAACAGUUAGUCUAUUCUAUGACACUGCAGCAGAAACAACAACAGCUAGUCUAUUCUAUGACACUGCAGCAGAAACAACAACAGCUAGUCUAUUCUAUGACACUGCAGCAGAAACAACAACAGCUAGUCUAUUCUAUGACACUGCAGCAGAAACAACAACAGCUAGUCUAUUCUAUGACACUGCAGCAGAAACAACAACAGCUAGACUAUUCUAUGACACUGCAGCAGAAACAACAACAGCUAGUCUAUUCUAUGACACUGCAGCAGAAACAACAACAGCUAGUCUAUUCUAUGACACUGCAGCAGAAACAACAACAGCGAGACUAUUCUAUGACACUGCAGCAGAAACAACAACAGCUAGUCUAUUCUAUGACACUGCAGCAGAAACAACAACAGCUAGUCUAUUCUAUGACACUGCAGCAGAAACAACAACAGCUAGUCUAUUCUAUGACACUGCAGCAGAAACAACAACAGCUAGUCUAUUCUAUGACACUGCAGCAGAAACAACAACAGCGAGUCUAUUCUAUGACACUGCAGCAGAAACAAUAA